AUGGCCCCUUCAGUUAAAACAUAUCCACGUUACCUCUGCCGCGGUCGACUAUAUGCGUUGUCGAAAUUUGAAAUUACGUGUGUGUCCUGCGGACGCAAGUAUCAUAGCACGUCUCAUGCAUAUAAUCACGUCAUCACGCAUCAGUGCGUCCAGCCUCAUGGUGGUAAUAAUGGCACAGAGCUUUUUGGCCUCGAUGCCGUGGCUCCUAACGAGAUGAUCGCUGGACGCAGUGACGGAUCACCUGGACACAUUGGGGCGGAUGGAGAGGUGGAGAUCCGUAUUGUUGCCACUGAAGAAGGAACGGUUGGCGACGGAGGUGCAGGUGACGGAUCACCUGGACACAUUGGGGCGGAUGGAGAGGUGGAGAUCCGUAUUGUUGCCACUGAAGAAGCAACGGUUGGCGACGGAGGUGCAG